AUGAUGAACAAUACGAACACGACUGUAUCUAACACGACAAAUCUAUCAGUCAAUACUGAAAUGAAAGAUGGAUAUGACUUACCAGUGACUGGACUUGCGUCUGGAUAUUUUUACAGUCUACACAGUCUCGCGCUUUCUUGCAUGCUCUGCAGCUUCGUUUGUGCGGUAAUUGUACUUACUUUUUCCUUCAGAGCAAAGACAUGCAGGGAUUUCUUCAAGGGCUGGAGUAAAGGUGAACGGUUUAUUGUAUACAUGGCACUCAUUGACGGAAGUUUCAACGUAUUUCACAGCCUUGAUCACUUGCAUCAUGUCAUUGCCAUGGACCAUGUGAGACCAAAGGAAUUAUGCCAGUUUUAUGCCUUUGUUAAUGUUGUAUUCGUAAAUGGUCAAAACUUGAUGGUAAACAUUGUUGCGUUUAAUGCAUUCAUGUUGAUGUACUUUGACAAGAAUCUUGACUUUGGGAAAGCCGACUGGAAACUUCUUACAUGGAUAAUCGGGAUGCCUUUUGUUGGAGCUUCGAUAGCACAGUUUACAGGGACAUUGGGACCAACUGGGUCUUUUUGCUUCGUCGACGGUGUUAGAGGAUUCACCGCUAAUGUAUGCCUUACCACAGUUCCCUUACUGAUAAUUGUUCUGAUGAACAGCGUAAUGUACGGUCUCACGUGGAAACGUAUCAGAGAGAAGACGAAAGCCCUGAAACAUUUUAACAAGGUAACGAGACAGACAGUCAGCAAAUCAAGGCGUGCGGCGAUAAGUAUGUCCAUGUUUGUUGUAGCGUUCUUCAUUCAAUGGACGCCGUUGGCCAUAAUGGGGUUGUGGCUGCUACUUGACACGGAAGUUCCGCUAGUCUUGUUCUAUAUUGUAACGACAUUUACAAAUCUCGGUGGCUGCUUGAAUUUUGUGGUAUUUCUCAUAAUAAGACAUAGGAAUAGACAACAAAGUUCUAAGAAUGAACGGAGACAUAAUGACUUGGAUGAACACAAAAACACGCACACCAAUUCUAAUAUCACAUUUGUGUCUACUGAGACUUAA